AUGGCAGCCGCUCUCCGGUAUGUGACAUUGGACGUGUUCACCACCAAACGCUUCAAGGGUAACUCGUUGGCCGUCGUCUUUCUCUCUGAGUCUAACCCGAUUACUCAAGAGCAGAAGCAGCUGCUAGCAACAGAAUUCAACUAUUCAGAGACUAUAUUUUUCCAUCCGGCGAGUUCUGAUCCCGGCCAGGCCAGAAAGAUAGACAUCUUUACGACUGACCAGGAGCUUCCGUUUGCCGGCCACCCGACAAUCGGCGCUGCGUCAUGGUUACUCGUCCACUCCAAGGAAAACAAUAACCCUGCUGGACUCAUCACCAAAGCUGGAAAUAUACCGAUCUCGGUCAUGCCAGGGGAUCCGAGCAAAGUUUCUGCUUCAAUCCCGCACAAUGUCCAUAUCCACUCCACCCGGAUGCCGCUGUCGGAUGUUCUGCAACUCCAUCCAAGUCUGGCAUCGUCACUGAAUGCUCAAACCUGUCAGGAUGGAUUUCCAGUGGUGUCCGUAGUCAAGGGGAUGACCGCAGUGCAUAUCCGCCUCCCAAAUCUCGAGACACUCGCUCAGGCCACAACGGCAACCGAAUCUAUCCAUUCCAAAGGUGUGGCAGACGGAGGUUAUUUAGACGACGGUUGGGAUGUCGAGGGCCACGUCUCGGUCUAUUUCUACGUUCGAGAUGUAUGGGAUGAUGAGCUUCAGAAGAAGGUCAUUCGUUCUCGCAUGAUGGCUGGAAAUCUGGAGGAUGCAGCUACCGGAAGUGCUGCAAGUGGACUAGCAUCCUACCUGACUCUCACUGAUCCCGAGAUAAAUGCAAAGGGCCAGGAGACUUAUACGAUCAUCCAGGGCGUUGAGAUGGGGAAGAGAAGCGAGAUAGGCAUCCAGGUUAUACUGAAGGAGAAUAAGAAGGAGAUCGAGACUGUCUAUCUUCAGGGCAGUGCUGUGAAAGUGGCCGAAGGAACAAUCAUGACCAGCAGUGAAUAG